CGUAUCGAGAAACGCAUGCAAACUUUUUAAUGACAAAAAUACCCUUAGUGUUGCAUUCUUCUUAUACGAUUAAUAAUGAAAAUGUUAUGUAUAUACGAGGUCCUUUUGGUCCACUGGCAAAGAAGCUCUGUAUUUAACGCAAACAAAUAAAAAAGGAGCAAAAAGAGUAACGGAGAUAUGGUAAGCGACGGCGGCGGCGAGAAUAACAGAGCGGAGGCAGAUCAGUUGCUUGCUACAUCGGAGAAGCUCUUGGCUUCAAGUGACUUUCAUGGAGCAAAGACAUUUGCGAUCCGUGCAUGCGAAGCUGACCCAUCCCGAACAGACGCAGCUGACUAUAUCCUCGCCAUCGCCGACACUCUCCUCGCCGGAGAAACUACAAUCGGAGAUUCCAAAGUACCAGACUGGUACGCGGUACUUCGAAUCAGCCGCCUAACCCAAAGCCCUGAACACGUCGCGACUCAGUACCGUAGACUCACUCUUCUCCUCAAACUCAAUAUCAAUCGUCUUCCUUUCGCCGAUCAAGCGCUUAAACUCGUCUCCGAUGCUUGGUAUGUCCUCUCUGAUCCUCCAAGGAAAUCAAUUUACGAUCGAGAGUUGCAGCUGAGUCAAACUGGUCAAUCGGAGAAAUUUCAAGAUUCGCCAUUGCAGAGCCAAGCUGAGACCUUGGAGAAUCCUACAGCUACAAGCUUUUGGACCGCUUGUCCUUACUGCUUUUCACUUUUUGAGUACCCAAAGGGUUACGAGGAAUGCACAUUGAGGUGUCAGCAGUGUAGGAAAGCGUUUGAAGCGGUUAAAACGCAAACGCCACCUGUGGAGAGUAAUGGUGAAGGCGUUUACUUUGGUUCUUGGGCUAUGUUCCCUGUAGGAUUAACAAGUCAUCCUAACACCUCUAAUUGGUCGCCAAUCUCACAUCUUUCCGUCUGCACAGGGCAAAGUUCAUCUGAUCAGCAAUCAAAUUUGAAGGCUACUCCAAGAAACGAUGAUGUUGACAUAUAUAUUGCAAUUUCUGAUGAUGAUUAAAGAUAUGAUGCGAAGAGAAGCAAGUAGACAAAUGUUGUAUAUUAUAAACUCAAGGCUACUUGGUGAAAAGUAAAGCUUUGUAUCUUUUGUUUUGUGGUUCCCUUAGUCCUUUAUGUUGUAUGUAUUGCUAGCUAAUGUUUAUGCCUAGUGGAAACUGACCUAAUUUUGAUUCGUUUGUGGAAUCAAUGUUAGAUGGAAUCCGUUUAUGUAUUUUGGUGCAUAUUACGCUUUCGGUAUAUAAUCUUUUGUAUCAUAUAAGUUCAUAACCAUAAACUGGUUUUAUGUGGCAUGUUUUGGUUGCGAAUCAUGCCUAGUUUGAGUACAUGAAGGAAUGCUAUAUGUAAAACUUGUGAGGGACGUCUAAG